AUGAUGGCGGUGCGUGCACGCGCAGUUCAAGUAAUGGCUGCUCUGGAACGGCGGGUGCCUUGUCUCGAUGAUUUCGUGGGCCAGAGCUGGAGCGUCUGGGCGGAACGAGCCAACCUGACGGCAUCGGAUGGGUCUGAUGCCGAUGAACACAGCAAGAAUGGCAAAAAAGGGAUGGAAACCAUGACGCUGAGGAAAGAGGAUAUGUCCAUCUUUGGUCAUUAUCCUGGGCACGAUGACUUUUACCUGGUGGUGUGCGCCCACUGCAGUCAGGUGGUGAAGCCUCAGGCAUUUGAGAAGCAUUGCGAGAGGAGACACGGACCUCUGGGUAAGCUCUAUGCACACCUCCGCUCUCCUCCGCCGCAGCAGAGACCCCGCCAUGGACACACCCCACCCUCCCAUGGAACCUCCUCUUGGAGUGGAAGGAAUCAGAAUGUUGGGCCACCGCGGGCGUCUCCACAGUCUCCAUCCACGGUGCCGCAGUUCAGACACGCAAGGCCUCUGAAAGAUGGAGUUUGGCACGCAGAAAAGGCUCCCAACUCGGGUCAUUCGGAAUCGUCUGUUUUUAAACAGCCUCCACCCAUCGAUCCCCCGCGGAGCUCCCCUCCCCCCACACACAGAGACCCCCCAUGGCCCCAUGGAGGCCCGUCACCCAGUCGACUUUCCUCUACUGAGAGGCCCCAGUCACAGAAAGGGGAGGCUUCCUCGGCCCCUGUCGCCUCCGGACAGCUCCGUGGGCCAAGAACAUACAAGAUGGUCACAAAAAAGAAAUGUGACCUCGACAAGCACUGUGGUGUGAUGGACCCAGAGAGAAAGAAAGUCUGCACUCGACUUUUGACCUGCAAUAUCCAUUCCAUUCAUCAGAGGAGGAAGGUGCAAGGCAGGAGUAAAAAUUUUGACCAGCUGGUAGCAGAGCUGAAGAUGAGUUCGAAGCCUCGUGAGCGGGUUUCUCAGGCACCAGAGUGUUCUGCUGCUCUGUCUGUAAGCCCAGAACCUCCCAGAGAUACACUUGCACCCCCUCUCUGCCGGAGAGCUCUCACAAACAGCCCUGCAUUCAGAACGCCAACAUUAUGUGAAAGCAUGGAGGAGAAAUCCCAUCCUGAGGAAGGGAGCACACUGCCGCUCUCUCCUCUCACCCAGGGCCACAUCUCAGGUGAUGAGAGUGAAGGAGAUGCGAAUGAUGACCCGGCAGACUGGCACUCAACUCCAUGGCAUCCCAAACCAGCCACGCUUUGUUCGUUUAGCAGUCGUGCUGUGGGCCACAGUGUCUUCACUUUCGAUCGGCGGUUGCACCAUUUACGGUCUGCCAUGAGUGCCAUGGUGGAGAACCACCUCAGCGCACAUCUGUGGAAAAAAAUACCUCAGGCAUCCGAUUCCCAAUCCCAAAGCCCCCCAGCCAAGCCUGUUCCGCCUUCUCCUUCCUCCAUUUCCCAGCAUUCCAAACAGAAAACAGGAAGUUACAACUCAGCCUCUCUCAAAACUUCCUUCUACUCUUCCCACGGACCGAGCAAGGAGCCAAACCCACAGAGUUCCUACACCAGCAAGGCUUACAUUCAAUCAGAGAACUCUGGGGGGUGCCAAUCCUCUACCACCCUCCCUUGUAGUAAACUCAGUCGGUCCCCCUCUCAGUCAGGCCCCGGAUGGCCCAAAAACCCAGUCGGUCGCCCAAGCAAGCAGCAGCUCCGCCUCAGGGAAGCAGAGCAGACGGCCACCAUGGACGCUGCUGCACUGCGCAAACGAAAAGUCUCAUUCGACGAGGCGGACACUGUCAGCCCAGACAAGAAUUGCGGGUCCCAGAACAAGGGACGGCUCCUCAUCAGCAAAACGCUACCGACAGUCUCUCACGGACAAACGAAUGGCUCGCUUUCGCCAGGAAGCAAGCCACGCCCUUCAUCAGAUCCCCACGUGCCCUCCUCGUGGGCUUUUAAGAGGUCUCAUCCCCCAGCUCACCACUCACCCCCCGAAUCUGGCCCACACAGCCGUGAAGUGGACUCAGGACUGCACAGCAGGGUGGCCAGCUUUGAUCACAAGGGUUUGGGCAAAAAACACAAGAGCAGCAGCUCGUCUCCCCCCUCCAAACCCCACCGGCUGCCCAACUCCCCUCAUUCCGGCUUCUAUCCCUGGAAAGAAAGCAAAGGGGCGGGGCUCUCUUUAGGGGGCGAAAAGAAACUCAGCACACAAAAGCCAAAAUUGCACCACUGAGAGUGCCAGCCUUACAAGCCACUAAGAGAGCAAGCCCUACGAACUCUACCAUAUAAAACUAUGGACGCAGGACUCCGGAUGUUUGAAUGACAUUUCGAAGUGUGUGUGUGUGUGUGUGUGUGUGUGUGUGUGUGUGUGUGUGUGUGUGUGUGUGUGUGUGUGUGUGUGUGUGUGUGUGUGUGUGUGUGUGUGUGUGUGUGUGUGUGAGAGAGAGAGAGAAUUAAGAUGGGGGAGUGAAUUUCUCUGUGAAUUCAGAAAAUACCUCAGAAUCUACUGAAUAAUGCUGCUACGUAAAUGUUGUUUAUAAAAUGGAUUAAAUAUUCUUUAUACUCAGAACUAUGAAUUCAUUUUUUAUUUGUAUUUAUUUUUUUUAUUCAUUCAUUCUGAGCUUUUUAAUUGUUAAGUGGAUGAAUUUCACAAAACCUGUAGAGAGCAGG